UCAGCGGCAAGUUUCUACAUCACUUCCGGUUUUCUCAGAGGGAGGGUGUCUGUCAAGUUUGGUGAACAGGCAGAUGUAAAGCAAACAGUUGGGUGUCCCUGCAGCUCCUUUUGUGUCGGCACUGUUUAUAUAUAAACACCAAGAUUGGAAGUGUUUAAAGGAUGUCAGGAAACUACUACUUUGUCAUAGUGGGACACUAUGACAACCCAAUAUUUGAGAUGGAAUUUUGUCCUCCCAAUAAGGCAAAUGAUCCUAAGAGGGAUGAUCAUCGUCACCUAAACCAGUUUAUUGCGCAUGCUGCUCUUGAUCUGGUUGAUGAGCAAAUGUGGGUCACCAACAACAUGUAUCUCAAGAUCGUGGACAAGUUCAACGAGUGGUUUGUGUCAGCAUUUGUGACAGCUGGGAGAAUGAGACUGUUGAUGCUCCAUGAUAUUAAGAAUGAAGAUGGAAUAAAGAACUUCUUCACAGAAACAUAUGAUACCUAUGUAAAGUUGGCCAUGAAUCCUUUCUAUGAAAUCAACACUCCUAUCAAGUCGUCCCCAUUUGAGAAGAAGUCCCAAUUCUUUGGCAGGAAGUAUCUCACAGGUUGAUAAGACCACUAUAACUGUAAACUCUCUACAGUGGAUGAGGAAGUGUUGUGAUACAGAGUGGAUGCUGACAGUGAAAUCGAGGUGUAUGUCUGUUACUGUUGUUUAUUGAUUUUAUUGUGUAUCCAGAGGCAAGUGUUCUGAAAUAGAUGUGCUUGCUACCUGGAGAUACAUCCUGUGUUGUCAAUAGAGUGCAUGCCAACAUUUAUUUAUACAUGGUUUGUUGGUGAAGAGGAUGAGGCAAGUGAUGCAUUGGGGAUGUUUUCUGGUGUUGUACAGGAUGUUAUUUAUGAAUAGACUACUGAACUGUACACCAUUGGUAUUCCAAAUCAGAACAGGAUACUACAAAUCAGAACAGGAUACAAAACAACCACAGUGCUAAAACUGUCGUAAGUUGGUGUUAAGAUAUGUAAAUUAAGAUCACCGUAUCUGUGAUCAUGGGUUUUGCCAAGGUGGUAAACAUCUUAAGACCGCUUAAGACCGUUUUGCUGACACACUGUGAAUUAACUGGAGGCUGUUAAAAACAGUGAUAAACCCAACUCACUCUGUAUGUUUGGAACAUCUUCACUUUGGUUGAUUAAUGUGGUGAAAAUUUCCAAACUGUCAUUUCACAUUCCACAUAUUUUGUACUUACAAAAGACAUAAAAAGCACUAUGUUUUCUUCUUAGAUACAUUCUUGGUUUGUCUGAACAAAUGUAACUAUUCUUGGGAUUUAGAAUUAAACAAAACCAUGAGGAACUAUUCAGUGUGGUAGUACCAUGGAAUUAUGGUUUUAGAAAGAAACUUGUUUCAACAAACACAUAAUAAAUUCUUGCAUACUGCCUAUCCAUAACUGAUAUUUGAUAUGUACAUACUAUCAGUGAUGUUAUAGUAUAUUUACUGUUAAAGAUAUAUGGAAUAAAAUAUGAAACAAUG